AAUAUACUCGUAUGUCUUACAAGAGUGGUCAUAAGGUAUAUGUAAAAAAAACAAUAUGAAAUAAACUUCACUUGAAACAAUGAACGUUUUGUGAUAAAAAUAUAAAUUUGAAAUGUGAAAAAGGAAUAUGGUUCCUGCAUUAUACGCCUGGAAUAAACUUUAUGUAUUAUGCCUUUGUAUAAUUACAAGAUAAGCUUAUGUAUAUGAUAGUUUUUAAAGUAAUUUCUAUUUGUCACGUAUCGGUAAACAUUGCAUUUCAAAAAUAACGUUUGCAUAAACUCACUGCUGAGCGGACCAUCUCGGCAAUCCAGAGCGGAUUGUCAGGUAUAUAGGUGAAGGCAGAACACGGCUGUUUAACAGGGCAUAACCAAUCGAAUUGAUUUCGCUGAAGCAAAAAAAGCACGGAACCAUGACCACAAUAACACUGUGAAAUAGGUAGUCACGUCUUUAAAACUAAACUGUACAUGACUUCAAAAUUCUUCAUUUCAUUUCAAAUAUGUUGAAUGGCAACAUACACCUCAAUUGCUUUGUUGCAUAUUCAACAUGUGUUCAACCAGGCAUUAAUUUUAUUAAAUAACUCUUUCAAAUAAACAUGAUAAAGGUAACUUUUAAUUCAACAGAUACUUCAAAAGAGUAAUACUUUUGUGGAAUAUAUAGCCCAGGUGUUGUGUAACUUCUUUGCAGGUUUGAAGCAAGAUUGUGGAGUUGACGGAACAUCCACAGUAUUGCUAGAAGUGCCGAUAGCUGCAGGGCCCGGUCUGCGAUGUUUUCAGUAGGACAGUUGGUUCUGCUCGCGCACGUGUUUACGUCACUAGCCAUUGCUCAAGGUUUCAAUGGCGAUGUGUCGAUGUACCGUGGCAGUCGGUUCACAGACAGCGCAGUUGGCGUGGUAAUCCUGACAGAAGGGACAUUGACAUACAAGAUUUGCAGUUCGGGAUUUACUGACCAGCACGCCUCACUGGUUUGCCGACAACUGGGCUUUCUCCAGGGUUCUAUGCUUCCGACAGGAUCAUUUGGAGAAAUAGCUGAAACUGAACUCCAAUCCUACAACGCCAUUGUAGGAGAUUGUCCUGAUGGUCCUAAUGUAAGAUUGUCGAAUUGCACAUUCACUGUAAGUGAGUGUUCAGACAGUUCCUUCAACUAUGCGGCUGUCAGUUGUAGAAACGGCGACGCCCAAACAGUUCCGAUUGGAAGUUUUAAGUUUGAUUCGAAUCUGAGUUUUCCGGAGUCAGGCUAUUUCUCGCCACUGUUGAUUUACGAACACAAUGUAUGGGGACAUGUUUGUGCAGAAAAAGACAUCGACGACGAAUUUCGCAUAGAGACGGUUGCUGCGCUCGCUUGUAGACAGAAAGGAUUUCAGCAAGGUCGGGCUCUGUAUCUGUCUUCCAACUGGACCAUUCCGGCUCUGAGGUCCGAGGUGAACUGUGGCAGCGCAGCCGUGUUCGGAGACUGCGGUCAUGUUCAGGGCAACUGUCGUGCUGGGAAAAUAUUGGGCGUGGUCUGCCAACCACCCGACAGUGCAGAAAGUUCUUUCUACUUGACUGGUGGCAAGCAUAAUUAUGGUCGAGUUGUGGUCAGUGCGGGUGGUCAGGAAGGUCUAAUCUGUGCCGAGGGUUUCACCUGGAAGGAAGCCUUGGUGCUCUGUCGGCAACUUGGAUAUACAACAGGAAGCGUAAAUAGUGAGGUCUUUGACAGUGGGGAUGUUGAUACUGUGGUGUUGUCCAGAGUGUCAUGUGACAGUUAUGAGGAGCCCGACCUCUACCACUGCGACAUUCAUGGCUGGCGGAAUGUUUCCAACUCCUGUCAGGGAACUGCCCAGGCUGUAUCUGUUUUCUGCUAUGUAAAUGUGCGACUAGUGGGAGUGGGAACUGAGACUGAUGAAGUUCAUCUUGGUCGACUGCAGGUGCUGCAUGGAGGCCUCUGGUACUCGGUGUGUGCCGAGACUCUUUCCCAGGCAGCCGCCAACGUUGUCUGCAGGGAACAGGGGUUUUCCACAGCGGAAAUUCUCCUCCCCAGUGAAUACAGAGGAACACAAUCCAAAACAAUUAACAGUUUGAACUGUACCGGACUGGAAUCCAGCAUUAAGGAAUGCCCAUACACCACAGGGGCCUGUGACCCUGACCUGAAUGCGGCUGUGCUCUGUAGAAACUCAAUACAAUCAGAUACAUACACGUUUUCUGUGCCUGGGAGAGAUGGAGCGGUGACGGUGGAUCGGCUGGGGCUUAAGGGGUACAUCUGCCGUGGUGGCCUGGACAACAUGGCAGCUCAAGUGGCGUGCAGGCAGGCUGGUUACCAGACAGGGGUUGUACUGGGUCACCAGGUCAUGCUGAGAAUUAUUGAUGCACGGUACAAGCCAGCAUGGUUGAGCCAUGUCCAGUGUGCAGGAACCGAGACAGACCUGUCCCAAUGUAGCUAUGAAGCAACCAGCCCACAGGACUACACGUGUGCAAAGAACUUUGGACCUGCGGGCGUGUUGUGUUAUAAUAGUUCAUUGCCAGACUCGUUGGUUCGACUGAAUGCGGGAAAAGAUGAGGUGCAUGGUCGGGUGGAAGUUUACCAUGAUAUGACAGGGUGGGGCACCAUAUGUUAUAUGGGAUGGACCAAUGCUGAUUCUGCUGUUGUCUGCAAGGAACUGGGUUUUGCUUCAGGACAGUCAAACCCGUCAGCUUACAAUGAGAUAGCAGACAUAUCGGUUCAGACGGUCCUGUCUAACGUUGACUGUGAAGGAACAGAAUCCUCCAUAUUGGCUUGUCCUAAUGCUGGCUGGGGACUUGCUAGUUCCCUAUGCACUCACAACAAGGAUGCCGGUGUCUUCUGUUAUAAACAUGUGCGACUGGUCCCUGGAAGCACAUAUGGCUCAGUUCAGUACCACUCUGGAGAAGAGUAUGGACUUGUUUGUGCUGACGGGUUUGACCAACAGGCAGCUGACGUGGUGUGUAAAGAAAUGGGUCACCAAUAUAGCAUCCCUUUGUGCUGUUCAGCCAUGGGUCCAUCUGACCGUACUUUUACACUGGGUGGAGUGAAGUGCACGGGAAAUGAAGCGUCAUUGAGAGACUGCCAAUACACUGUGGACGAUGUCAGCUGCAUCUCAGGGCAGUAUGCUGCUGUUGUCUGCAGUGACUUUCAAAUAGGAUACACCAAAUUGAACACAGCAGAUACACUGGUUAAGCUGACUUAUUUCCUACGUGAUGGCUACAUAUGUUCUGAUGACUUCUCACAUCUUGAUGCCAAGGUUAUCUGUACUCAACAGGGAUAUCUUUAUGGAAGAGCAUAUAAAGCAUCAGCUAAAGGCCUGGAAAAGAAAAUUCGCUGGUUAAGAGGCCUGUAUUGUACUGGAGGUCAAACUGACUUUCGACAGUGUGGUGCUCACAACUGGGGCCAGAUAGGGGUCUGUGACUGGGGCUCUGUGGCUGGGGUCAUCUGCUCCAGUGUGCAGGACGAGGUAACAACUGACUUGAGACUAGUGGAUGGAACAGAGAGCUCUGGCCGUGUAGAGGUCAAGGUCAAAGGCAUAUGGGGGACGUUGUGUGACCUUGACCUGACCCGUAUGGAGGUCAAGGUGAUAUGCAGGGAGCUGGGGUACCGUGCAGGCAGAAUCAUGACUUCGGGACACUUUGGGCCUGGCAGUGGGAACAUAGCCCUUACUGGUCUCAAGUGUAAUGGCAGUGAGAGCAGUUUCAGUGAUUGUGUGUGGGCGGGGUUUGGUCAGUCUGGUUCAGCAGUUUGUGACCAUUCUUCUGACGCUGCUGUGGCAUGCUUCUCUGAUAUGCGGCUGAGUGGUUUUGUGACUGCCAACUACGGAUUUCUGGAAAUGUAUGACCCCAACACAGACCAGUGGUUGACAACAUGUGCCACAAACUUUAAUGUACACAAUGCAGUUGUUAUUUGUCACCAGAUGGGAUACAGGGAUGGGCUUGUUCAGAAAGUUUCAUCCAAGGCAGCAAACAAUGUACAGUUCUUCAUAAGGGAGGUAGAUUGUGUCUCCCAGACUGAUUGCACCUUUACAACUGGAGAGUGCUCAUCUAAAACUACCAUUGCACUUUACUGCAGUGAGACAGAAAUUGGAAAUGAAGAUGUGGCUUUGAGACUGCCCUUGAGCGUAUUUUAUGGCCCGGUUGAGGUUCAGAGGUUUGGAAUGUGGGGACAUUUGUGCAGUUCAGGAUUUGAUGACAAUGAUGCCAUGAUAGUCUGUAAGCAGAUUGGCUACCAGGCUGGGUCCGCAGUGAACACAUACAGAACUGAAAAUUAUCCCAUUAUACAAGGUACAGUGUCGUGUACAGGAGACGAGAACCAGCUACAGGACUGUCAAAGGGCUCUGUUUGCUGAGCUGGGCUUCUGCUAUGAUGAUAAUACUGUUGCCGGGGUCAUCUGCUACAAUGGGGAUACAGAUAUUCAAUUUCGCUCUAAUCCGCUAGAUUAUGAGAGAGGAGAAAUGAGCACGAGACUAGAAAUUCAAGCUGGGGAAAACACACUGCUUGUGGCCGGCCAUCCGACCUCCGAUAUCUCCGCUGCAGUUUACUGCUCAGGUCUCGGCUAUGCUGGGGGAAAUUCAUACAGUGCGGGGUCGGGCUCCUAUGGGGUUGUGAACAUGAGUUGCCCGGAUAAUGCAGCAUCAAUCCUGCAGUGUGUGGCUGCCUGGGACCCAGAGAAAACCAGGGGAAAGUCGGGAAGCCUAGCCGGGGCUACCUGCUUCACUGCUGUGCGAUUGAUACAAGGUGAUCCUACGUUCUAUGGGGCGGUGCUGGUUUCCCGGGGGACAAGACAAGGGCUUGUGUGUGCUGAGGGAUUCACUAAGAAGGAAGCUAAUAUUGCCUGCAGCAGUAUUGGAUACGAUGCCGGACUCCUGUUGUGCUGCUCUCCAUUUGAAGUCAUAAAUCUCGAAACUGUUCAGGCAAACACAGAUUGCAAAGGUGAUGAAAGUCAGCUAACAGACUGCCCCCAUGAAGUCAUCCCUGCAAACCAGGCAGCCCUCUGCCAGAAGAAUUAUGCAGCUGUUGUCUGCUACACUGGGAAUAAACCCUCUGACUACACCUUAAGCUUGCCAAUCCCAGGUAGCUACAUCGGUCAUCUACAGGUUCGGUACCUCAAUGUGAGUGGUAGUGUGUGCUUUGAUGGCUGGGAUGAUGUAGAUGCCUCUGUGGCUUGUCGGGAGCUGGGGUACAGGAGAGGAAUUGCCUACAAUGCUGCAAGGACAGUAGAGGGCCCUUAUUGGAUGUCCAAUGUGAAAUGUACAGGCACGGAGAGCAGGCUGGGGGACUGUGAGCAGACACAGCUAGGCUCCACCAGCGACUGUGUGAACAAACUUAGCCAUGCUGGAGCUGUCUGCUAUGAUAAUGAAGGUCAGUUUUAUCGCCUAGGCGGCAGUAAUGAGACACGUUAUGGCCGAGUUGAGGUGUCCCUGAAUGGGGAAUGGCGGUCCCUGUGUAACACACACUGGGACGAUGUGGAUGCUCAGGUGCUAUGUAGAAUGCUGGAGUUUCGCACUGGAGAGGCAUUUCAUGGAGGAAACUUGAGUCCCAUGUCUGGUUCAGUGUGGGAAGUGAACAUAGCAUGUGGGGGAGGAGAGGGCUCCCUGAACCAGUGCCUGUCAUCUGAAUGGACCACAGCAAUAUCUUCAUCCUGUGCUAGACACCAGAGGGACUCCGGUGCUUUCUGCUACACCUCCGUGAAGCUAUCGACUGGUGUAGGUCGGGAGACGGACAAGGGGGCUGUGCUGCUGUACUGGGGAGAGACAUGGCACACUGUGUGUUCUGACGGCUUCACGGACCUAUCUGCGGCUACAGUGUGUCGGGAACUUGGCUUCCGGGACGGGCAGGCUCAGUGUUGUGACUUGUAUGGUGACCUAACGAAAUACCCGCUUCUUGAUACACACAAGAUGGAGUGUGAUGGUACAGAGGAAGAUGUUACAGCUUGUCUGGAGGUGGACCCGUGUCAGGGUGGGAAAUAUGCCUCUGUCAUCUGCUAUGGUUUCAGUCUUUCAACUACACAGAAAAUAAUAACGGUACCCACAGACCCGAAUCGUUUUGAGGAGCUGCCCAUUGUGAUAGCAGUGGUGGUGUUUGUUGUCCUCGUGCUGAUAGCAGUACUUGUGUUUUGCUUGUAUAAAUGUCACAAAAAGAGGCGGCAGGCCGACGAGUCAAAGGUGGAGUUCCAUAACAACAUUGUUGAAGAACACCACCAUAGCUCUCUUCGGGUUGUAAAUCCACUGCAUGGGGUGUCCACACCGGAGAUAGUACGGGCAAGCUUUACACGACGGGGGAAUGAGGAACUUGCGAGAAUCAGUCCCACAAUCAACAACCCAGACUAUGGGGGAAACACCCCUCAGGAUGCUCAGAUACCAAGAAACAGUUCUCAUAUUUAUAACAGUAUUAUAAAUGUUGACCCUCAUACAUACGACAACAGAAACGAUCGACAACAACAAAAUAAUGAUCCUUUGUCUAAUACAUAUCUCACACCUGUUCCAUCGCACAUGUAUGACAAAAUAAGAGUAUCACAGUUAGGAGACGGUUCUGAUGAAUUCACCUCUAUCACACCUGACAAUGCUGGUCAAGGGGACGGUUCUGAUGAAUUCACCUCUAUCACACCUGACAAUGCUGGUCAAGGUCCCUCCACCCAGCCUGAUGCUGGUCGAGCAGACAGACCAGAUUUCAGGACUUCUCUUGCUGACCAGCAGGAAGUGUCAUCCCCUACAAACUUUGUGAACCAUACACAGUUUCCAGUACAGACAACGGAUGGUGAACAUUAAAUGACUUUUGUGAUCAUUAGAAUUCCAAAUCGGUGUUAAACACUGCCUAUAAAGGUGUUUCUUUUGCAAAAAUUGUGAUAAUUGUCUCAUCUUCCCUUGCAUAUGCUUCUUUGUGAAUUUAGUUUGGUAAACAUUUGUUACUAGCGCAUUGCCAUUUGUAAAUAAUGCAGCCAGUGCCAUUGAAAUCAUUCAUUUGAGAGACAUUAAUUUUGUAUUGCAGUAUCCAGGAACUAAUAUGAACCCCUUCUAACACUACAGUUAACUAGUUGACCAUUUAAAUGAUGAGUUAACCAUUUUACCUUUUAUUUGCUUACUGUUCACAAAAUUUGUGUUCACAUCACUUAUUUUUAUAAAUGUGUUUGUUUUUUUCCUGAAAAAGUUAACAUCAGUUCUGUCAAACAGUAAAUCUGUGCAUCCGAGUAAUCUGGCCAAUAUUUUUUAUGAUGAACGGUUAAAACCUUCAUUCCAAUUACUUAAUUCUAGAAUAAACGAUACAUUAGCAACCCGACUUUGUUUGGACAUACAGAUUUAUGGGAAACUUUUUAAGUAGUUUGUCCAUUUAAACAUAUUUAAGUGUUCAGAUGUUGUUUUUCAAACAGUUUUUACUCGAUAAAUGAUUUAUGUUGUUGUUUUGAUGUACAUUGUAUUGUUAUAGACUUUUUUAUUAUAUAUUAAAUGUACUAUCGGUCUCUAAAUACUAAACAGUUGUUUACCUGUAAACAUAUAACAUAAAAUAAAGCUAUAUAUUUUCCCUAUUA